AUGAUAUCACCAAAAUCUAGAACGUUAGGUAAAAAUAAUUAGCUAUUUCCUUCAAAGAAUAACGAGGAUAUCGAAUAAUAAGCUAUAUUGCGAGAUAUUUAGAAUAAUUUAUAGCAAAAUUCCUUUUUUUAAUAAUGCUAGCUAUUUAAUUAUCAAUUAAUUACAUUAAAUGACGAAUACAAGUAUGAUAUACUAGUACUACAUUAAAAUUUUAGAUUUUAUUGCAAUACAAAAGGAAUAUUAGAAGAAAAAGAUCUAAAAACCUAAGAAACAAACUAUUAUGCUCUUGGAAAGCUUUAUAAAACCUAGUAUGAUAAAAAUCUUAAUCCUAAUUUCGAAACAGUUGAAGGAAAAAUGUUCAUCUCAUUAAGUAAUAGAAAUUUUCAAUUACAUGGUUAAGGUACAAUUUAUUAAGGAAAAAGUGAUAUAGUCAAGAUAUCUGGAAGAUUUUUCAAGGGAGCUCUUAUUAGUAAUAAUUAAUAUUUGAACAUAUCUUCAAUAAUUUAAAAUAAAAAAUAGUAGGAUAAUUCUUUUUCAAAGAAAAUGGACAUCGUAAACUUGACAUAAAAUAUUAAUUUUAAGAUUCCUCAAUAAAAAAACGACUAGUAUUUGUUUUAAUUAAUAAUAAAAAAUAAUAAAUAAAAAGAUGAAUCCUAGAAAAAAAUUAUUGCAAGACCAAAUUCAGCUCAAAAUAGUAGGCUAAACUAUAGAGAAAUAGAAAAAAGGAAACAAUUAGAUCUGUAUUAAACUAGAAUUAGAUAGAAUAAUCUUAAUUAUAAAAAAAUAUGGUGUAAAUAUAAUCAAUAAAUAAAUGAAAGCGAUGAAUUAAAGUUGAAUAUGAAAUCAAAAGCUUGGUUAAAUAGUAGUAUUAUUGAUAGUUAUGUAAUGCAUCUUAAUAUCGAAGGUGAAGCACUAUAUUUUAAGAAAAAUUAAGACGAUAGAGCUAAUAUCUAGAGAGUUUUAUUCAUUCCUAGCAGUUUUAUUACUUCUUUGGGAGAUGAGUUCGAUAUUGAGAAAGCUAAAGGUUUAUUUUUUGCAGAAUUGAGACAAUAUCAAGAAAUUAAUUUGGAAAUAAGAAGACUAUAUUCAUUAAUUGGAUUCAUAAUAAAUAGAAAAAAUAUACAUUGGUAGUUUCUAAUAUUUGAUCUAACUAAAAAUUAAAUUCAGUUAUUUGAUUCUUAGUUGAAUAUAUAUCUGAAUGAUGAUGCUCUAACUAAAAUUAUUUAAAUUUUAGAAUAGUUAUUAUAUAUCAAUAACUGUUAAAUCGAAUUAGCAGAAGAAUCCGGUUAAUAAUUAGAUGGAUAUUCUUGUGGAUAUCAAAUUUGCACAUAUAUGAAGUAUUGUUAUGAAAAGUAAUUUAAUAUGAACACACAAUAUUAAUAUCAUGAACAGCAC